AUGUCUGAACUCAAGAUCACCAAGAUUGACGUCUUCCAAGUCGACCUCCCCUACUCGGGAGGCCGCUACCUCCUCUCCGGCGGCCGCGAAUACACCAGCUUCGACGCCACCAUCGUCCGCAUAACAACAAACACCGGCCUCGAGGGCUGGGGCGAAAGCACCCCCUUUGGCUCGACCUACGUCGCCGCCCACGGCCUCGGCGUCCGGGCCGGCAUCGCCGAGAUCGCGCCCAAGCUCAUCGGCAUGGACCCCCGCAAGGUCGACCGCAUCAACGACGCCAUGGACGAGGCCCUCGUCGGCCACUUACACGCAAAGACGCCCAUUGACGUCGCCUGUUGGGACAUCUUUGGCAAGUCCGUUGGGCUCCCGGUGUGCGAGCUCCUGGGUGGUCGGACGGAUGUCAAGUUGCCGCUGAUUUCGUCGAUCUAUGUGGGCGAGCCGGAGGAGAUGCGAGCGCGUGUUGAGGUGCACAGGAAGAAGGGGUAUGUGGGACACUCGGUUAAGAUCUCGGGUGAUGACCCCGUCACCGACGCGGCGAGGAUCGCGGCGUCUCUGGCGGAUAGGCAGCCGGGCGAGUUCUUCCUUGUUGAUGCGAAUGCGGGCUUGACGGUUGAGAUUGCCCUCCGGAUGCUGAGACUCCUGCCCGCCGGGUUGGACUUCGUCCUGGAGGCUCCCUGUGCGACCGCGCGAGAGUGCCAGUCCUUAAGGAAGAGGACUGACAUCCCCAUCAUCUACGACGAGCUCGCCACGGACGAGGCCUCUAUCGUUGACCUCAUCGCCAACGACGCCGCGGAGGGUAUCGGCUACAAGAUCUCCAAGAACGGCGGGUUGACUCGCGGGCGUCGGCAGCGGGAUAUCUGCCUCGCUGCGGGAUACACUUUCAGCGUCCAAGAGACUACGGGAUCGGACGUCGCGUUUGCUGCGAUUGUGCACUUGGCGCAGACUGUGCCGGAGCGGAACCUAAGGUGCAUCCUGGGUUCUCCGGAUAUGGUCACGGUCAAGACUGCGGACGGGGAUUUCAAGACGGUCAACGGCCGUGUCACUGCGCCGAGCGCGCCCGGUCUUGGGAUCACGCCUCGGUUGGAGGUUUUGGGCAAGCCGGUUGCGAGCUACGCUUAG